UGAAGAGGCUUUUUACCUUCCUGCUUAUGUGUCAUAUCGGAUCUUCAGAACCACAUUCCCUGUGGUAUAUCCUUUAUACCACUUCAGGAAUCCCAGAUCUUCCCGAUUUCGUGGCGUCUGCAGUAGUGGAUGGUGUUGAAGUGGGGUACUGUGACAACAUCCUGAACGAUGUAAAGCCCAGAACACCUUGGAUUACCGGUAGUAAACUAUUCCAAGACCAUCCCCAGCAUUUGCAGUGGUUGAAUAGCAAGUGCUUGCUAAAUUAUUAUGACUUUAAAGCCACAAUAGUAACUUUGAAACAGCGCUUUAACCAAUCGGAGGGUGUGCACAUUUUUCAAAGGAAGAAUGGAUGUUUUUGGAACAAUGAAACAGGAGAAUUUGAUGCUUUUAAUGAAUACGGGUAUGAUGGGGAAGACCUCAUAAGAUUCGACCUGAAAACAAUGACAUGGAUCACUCCUAGACAUCAGACUGUCAUCACCAAGCACAACUGGGACAGUGAUGGAACUAGCUUGUUUUGGAAGUAUGCACUGACAGAAGAGUGCAGACAAUUUCUUCAGCUGUAUUUAAAAUAUGGGAAAAUUGCCUUACAGACAACAGUUCAUCCCUCAGCAACUCUCCUCCAGAAGACUACCUCAGCUGUGGUCACCUGCCAUGCUACAGGUUUCUAUCCUGAAAGAGCCUUGAUGUUCUGGAGGAAAGAUGGAGCAGAGCUCCAUGAAGGUGUGGAGAAAGGAGAGAUCCUCCCCAACAAUGAUGGGACCUUCCAGAUGGCAGUGUAUCUCAAUGUGUCAUUAAUCAAUGAUGAAGACUGGAACAGAUAUGACUGCCUCUUUCAGUUCUCCAGUAAUAAAGAUAACGUCACAACCAUACUGGAUAGAGCCAUUAUCAAGACAAAUCAAGGUUUGUCCUUUGGAAUGUACUUGCAAACUUCAACUGUUUUAUUCUGUUGCUUUUUAUCGUGGUCAGUACAAUUGUUUUGACUUGGAGGAGAAGGAACCUGUGUGUACGUCUAUUUUCAGGCUGAUAAUGUAAAAGAAACCAGGAUGACUACAGUGGCAACAUAACUUCUUACCACUUCACAGAGGGCGUAAUAUUCGUCAACAACUGACAUGGCAAUCUUUGUUUAAAACAAUCGAUAAG